CAAAUAACCUCCCUUUCCUCGCUUCCUUCCUCUGCUCAUAAAGCAGAGCUCUUACGAACUGAAACGAUCACAAACCGAAAUCAAAGGGUUUCGUUUUCUCCUGGCACUUCGAAAACAGAUUUUUUAUACCAUAAAGCUCAGAUUUAGAAACCUCAUGGUUUUCCUGAGGUUUUAGAUUCUUUAGAGCUGGAUUCUUGCCUUUUUGGGCAGAUUUGCAGCCUAUAGCAAGUGCUCGUUUCUCUGCUUAUGAGCUGAUUGACGACUCCUGGCAGUGUUUGAUUCGUCAUCUGAAGCUCGGAUCGCGAAUCGUAAGGUUUUCUUCAGUAUUUAUUUGCUGCUGACACUGGAGAUAGUGAGUCUAUUCAUUUGUCGACUUCUCAAAGAGUUUUUUGGUUAAGGAGGUUUGAGAAGGGAAAAGCAUGGCCUUCUGUUCUUCAAGCAUUGGGUUGCAUAAUUGCGUUUAUUGGACUGCAAAGCAUUCGAGAGAAAAUCUAGUCUUAGAUAUUAGGGCAUUUGGAUUCUCAAGGAGUGCUAGAAUUGGAUGCAGAACUUUUGUUAUCGAAAUGGUUUCAUCUGGAUGCCAGGGAAGUCGAAAGAAAUGUAUAAAUGGGAUCAGAAGCAUGUUGAUUCCGCGGGAGGUUGAUUCAGAGUCUGCUGGUUCGUCGACAGUCAAAAUUUUGCAAGAUGGAGUUGAUGUUUCUGUAGCGAAGGAUUCUAGGGUUUCCGAGAUGAGCACUCAUCUGGAACUUGAUGAGGGAGGUGGGGGUGGGAAUUCUUUAGGUGGCGAUGGCAGUAAUGGGAAAUUUCCUCCUGGAGGAGGUGAUGGCAGUGGCAACCAUGAAGAAGAUGACAUAGAGGAAGAGGAGUUUGGACCGAUAUUGAAGUUUGAGGAGGUUAUAAGAGAGACAGAAGUUCGAGGAGUUAGUCUACCUUCAGAUAUGUUAGAGGCUGCGAAGACCAUUGGCAUUCGCAAAGUUCUUCUUCUUAGAUAUUUGGAUUUGCAGGACUCUGUUUGGCCUCUAGGAGUCGCCAUCAAAUCCUGCUCUUUGCUUCGUAACCGAAUGCUCGUUGACCCGUCUUUCCUUUUUAAAGUUGGAAUAGAGAUAGUUAUCGAUUCAUGUUGUGCAACAUUUGCGGAGAUUCAAAAGAGGGGCAAGGAUUUCUGGGCAGAGUUUGAGUUGUAUGUUGCAGAUCUUUUGGUUGGGGUGGUGGUUAAUGUUGCUUUAGUCGGGUUGUUAGCACCGUAUGCUCGCAUUGGACAACCAUCUGCAUCGAAAGGGUUAUUGGGAAGCAUGCAGCGUGCUUAUGGAGCUCUACCUAGCAGUGUGUUUGAAGCUGAAAGGCCAGGUUGCAAAUUUUCUAUUCAACAACGAAUUGGGACAUACUUCUAUAAGGGAGUUUUGUACGCAUCAGUUGGGUUUGCUUGUGGGAUUGUAGGCCAAGGAAUUGCAAAUUUGAUCAUGACUGCUAAACGGAGUAUUAAAAAAUCAGAGGAAGACAUACCAGUGCCACCUCUUGUGAAAAGUGCAGCUCUUUGGGGUGUCUUUCUUGCAGUUUCUUCCAACACCCGAUACCAAAUUAUCAACGGACUGGAACGCCUGGUCGAAGCAUCGCCCGUGGCAAAGCAGGUCCCACCUGUUGCAAUGGCUUUCACUGUCGGUGUGCGUUUUGCCAACAAUAUCUACGGGGGCAUGCAGUUUGUAGAUUGGGCUAGGUGGAGUGGCGUGCAAUAGAAGUAUGCAUCUCAUGUUCCUCUACUAGGAGUACUUCAAUUGAAAAAACUAAGAAAUUUUGAUCUCUAAUCUCCUAACCUAACCCCAAGCCUUAAAUCUUCACUUGGACAGAGGCUUGCUUUUGGGCGGCCGGCCAUUCACAACUCCACAACCAUGUAGAAGUUUCAUAGAUGCCAUGUGUAGAAGAAAUACACACUGGCAUUAGCAAAUGCUCUUGUUGUAAGCUAAUAACAACUUAAAACCCUAGUCUCUCCAUUGAUCCUUUUUAGAUGUUUGAAGGGCUUUUCAUUAUAUUA